GGCGGGCCGCCCCAAGCAGGCGGUGGGGUAGGGGAUGGGGCCCGGUUUGCUCCCCGGGUGGCGGGAGAGCCUGUGCGGCUGGCAGGGUGUGAAUUCCCAACAAUGAGCUCCGUAGCCAGCACUGAGCGGUCCCCACGCCCAGCCGAGCCUAAGUCGUGAUGAUCUCGCCAGACAGAGCAGCAGCCAACAUGACCACCAGCCAGAAACACCGGAAUUUUGUGGCAGAACCUAUGGGCGAGAAGCCUGUUGGCACUCUGGCCGGCAUUGGGGAUGUACUUGGCAAGAAGCUGGAAGACAAAGGCUUUGAUAAGGCUUAUGUGGUGCUUGGGCAGUUCCUGGUGCUGAAGAAGGACGAAGACCUCUUCCGUGAGUGGCUGAAAGAUACGUGUGGUGCCAGCGCCAAGCAAUCCAGAGACUGUUACGGCUGCCUGAGGGAAUGGUGUGAUGCCUUCUUGUGAACGCUCUGGCUCAGAACCUCAGUGGAUGCUGUUGGGGCUUUUGUAGUUAGCUGGAGAUUGAAUCUUCCUUCCUCCCCACUUGUUUCUUCCUUGUGAAACUUCCAGCAUCUAAAAUGUGUCCCUGGGACAAUCGCUCCUAAUGCCAGAAAAUAUUUUUGUUACCACAGUCUUUUAAUCGAACAUCUUUUCAUCCAGGGAGGGGGUUGAGAAAAGGGGGAGAGGGGAACGUUCUGUUUUAAGGCUUUGUAGAAUUGGGUCUGUUUUGUGUGGCUUCGAUAGAUUCCCUUUGACUGUCAGGCCAGCUAACUCUUGAAGCCUUAUCUGCCUGUUGAUUGAAAGGGAGACACUUUUUCGUCUCCCUCGAUUUUGAACUAUAAUUGGCCUGAAAUAAGUGGUGUGUAUUUAAAUGAAAGACAACAUUAUUUGCAAACAGUGUUGGAUCCUCCCACCUGACUUUUAUGCCACUUGUUUAAACGUUAGGAACAAAAAUCAUUGUAAAGUUU